UGGUGUUUCUCGUGCAGUGUUUGGUGUUAUAAAAAAAGUCCAAAAUUUAUCUUAAAUUCAUCAAUAAUGAAAAAUUAAAUAAAUCUGUAAAUUAUAUUUUAAAAUACAUACAAUAAAUUGUUAGACUUUUUUAACAAUACAUUUAUUAGGUAAUAUAAUUUUUCGCGAAUCAAAAAGUUCUACAAAGAAAGAAUAAAGAAAAAGAAAAACUUGAUUUUGCGUCUUACAGUCCCUCAACCCCUUCUCUAAAAGAUCAAAGUGAUUCAAUUUUUGUUAACAGUGCUUGUUUUCAAAAAGGAAGCGAAAAAAUCAUUGAAAAGUGGAUGCAAGAACUUCAAGCCUGGGAGUUUCCCAGGAUUACACAGGGAUGGUCAGUUUAGCGAGUGGCCAUAUUUAUGCAACGAAUGUACCACCACAAGAAACAUUAAUAGUUCGUGAGAUGAAUUCAAUGCCGCCGCCUCCCCCAGUAGGCACGGCAGCCCCCACCUCGGCUGAUGCUUGUCUUUCUAUAGUGCAUUCAUUAAUGUGCCAUCGACAAGGUGGUGAAAGUGAAGGUUUCGCUAAACGUGCUAUUGAGUCUUUAGUGAAAAAAUUAAAAGAAAAAAGGGAUGAACUAGAUUCAUUAAUAACAGCCAUUACAACAAAUGGUGCACAUCCUAGCAAGUGUGUAACAAUUCAAAGAACCCUAGAUGGUCGUUUGCAAGUUGCUGGUCGUAAAGGUUUCCCUCAUGUCAUUUACGCCAGAAUAUGGCGUUGGCCAGAUUUACAUAAAAAUGAAUUGAAACAUGUUAAAUAUUGCCAAUUUGCUUUUGAUUUAAAAUGCGACUCAGUUUGUGUAAACCCAUAUCAUUAUGAAAGAGUCGUUUCACCAGGUAUAGACUUAUCUGGACUAAGUUUGCAAUCAGGACCAAGUCGAAUUGUUAAAGAUGAAUAUACUGCUGGUCCAGUUGUAUCGGGUGGUAUGGAUAUUGAUGGAGGAGACAUGGGUACUAUUCAACAUCAUCCUUCAUCUAUAGGAACUCAAGGUUAUGGAUAUCCUUCAGGACCAGGCGAUCCUAGUCAAAUAGGAUCUCUUUAUCAAGGAAGACCUGUAGUUCCUAAAAUUGAGCCGUCAGAAACUCCUCCGAGGGGUUCUUGGAUUGGGGCUUCCCCAAGACUACCACAAACUCUACCUUCGCAACAUCCUGUACCUCAUGGAAUGCCAUUACCACCACCAGGAACUCUUAAUCCCGCAAUGUUACAAACUCAAUCGGGUCCACAACCUCCAGGUUCUGUCGGUGGUUCAUCCUCAAACAUAAGCUCUCCAAGUGGUCCGCUUCAAAAUUCUGUACAAUCAAAUAAUCAACCGCAAUCAGGUUCUGCACAACAAUCGCAACAAGGAACUCAAAAUAAUGAUUCUGGAGGAUAUUAUAGUACUCAAACAACAGAUCAACUGCCGCCUGAUUCUCAAUUGACUGGACCUCUGAACGUAGUUACAUCUCCAAUGUCGCCACAUAUGCAGCAGAACGGCUAUGUAACAAUGGCUUCUAAUAACCAGGCAACACAAGUUCAGACUUAUACACAACCUUCAAAUGGUAGUGGUAACGUUGUAGCUGGAGGAGUUGUUCAAGGCACAUGGACAGGAUCCAAUACUCUCACAUACACUCAAUCGAUACCACCACCCGAUCCUAGAUCGCAGCAUGCAAAUUACUGGGCUAAUCCAGUUCCAGGGGAAAUACCUGGGCAACCUCGUUUAUUAUCAAGGCAACCUGCGCCAGAGUAUUGGUGUUCAAUAGCAUAUUUUGAACUUGACACACAGGUUGGUGAGACAUUUAAGGUUCCAUCAGCUAAGCCACAUGUUAUUGUUGAUGGUUACGUAGAUCCCUCAGGAGGUAACAGAUUUUGUUUAGGGGCUUUAAGUAAUGUACAUCGUACCGAACAGAGUGAAAGGGCUCGGUUACAUAUAGGCAAAGGUGUUCAACUUGAUCUAAGAGGAGAAGGCGAUGUCUGGUUGAGAUGCAUUAGUGACAAUUCUGUUUUUGUUCAAAGUUAUUAUCUAGACCGAGAGGCUGGUCGAACACCAGGAGAUGCAGUACAUAAAAUAUAUCCAGCAGCUUGUAUUAAAGUUUUUGAUUUAAGACAGUGCCAUAGACAAAUGCAAUCAUUGGCAGCCAAUGCUAGGGCUGCAGCAGCUGCACAAGCAGCAGCAGUUGCCGGACUUCCAAAUUCUCAAAUUCCUGCACCUCCAAGAGGUUUAUCUGCAGCAGCUGGAAUAGGAGUUGAUGAUUUAAGACGGUUGUGUAUCUUACGUUUGAGUUUUGUAAAAGGAUGGGGACCUGAUUAUCCAAGAAUUUCAAUUAAAGAAACACCAUGUUGGAUUGAGGUACAUUUACACAGGGCGUUACAAUUACUCGAUGAAGUUUUGCAUACAAUGCCAAUCGAUGGUAGGGUUAUUGAGUAAAGGGUGAAAAAGUAAAAAUUUUGUAAGUUGAUCUUAAACUAAUAUUGUAUAAUUAAAUUUAAAUUAAAAAUGUUUAUUUUUACUUUUUAACAUAUAAUAAUUAUUCAUAUAUAUAUUAACUUUUAAUACUUAUUGAAAUUAGGUUUUAUUUUAAAAUAACUUAAAUUAUCAAUAUAUUUCAAAAAGAACAAUAUUAUUCUACUUUUCUAUUUUAAAAGUUUAAUUUAAAAUAGUCUCAGAAAAAUUAAAAAUUAUAUAAUACAUAUGUACAUUAUCAGAUUCGAAGUAUCAACAUUUAUGCAUUAAUUAAAAUCAGUA